AUGUUGAAGGCGUUUCGGACGCGAUGUGUGCUUGGAUUGACGUGCUUGGCUUUGUGCCUCGGCGGCACCAUAGGACUUAUAGAAAUCGUAGAGGAGCAGCGAUGUCACGAUUAUGAGUUCCGUUUGACGUGUCGGGACUUGGACACUCAUAUAGCAAUUCUGGAGGCGUGGUAUACAUCUAUAGAGGAAUACAGAUCAUCAAAUGACACUUCAAGACCAGCCAAACUAAUUAGAACAGAGAACGAUUCAGAACUUGACCAAGUUUACGUGUACUCAAGUCCCGAACACAACGGCGUUUAUCAGUUGACAAAUCAUUCCAUUGAAAAUGUCACUAGUUCGAAUAGUUCCUUUGAAACGGUGUUCGGAGUUAAUAAUAGUUGGAUCAAUGAUACUUUUGAGAACAUAGAUAUGUCAGUGGAGUUUAUAAAUACGAGUGAAGUUUGCGGUAUUGUGAAUUUCGUGAGGAGUUAUGCUAGUUGGCAUGAAGGUGACAAGCGGCGGGUGCCGGCAGCGAGGGUGUCAUCUGUUAAUUUACGAGCACCGUUAAGUUACCGGUGUACUGGAGUGAACCACUGCAGCUUCGUGCUUGCCGAGGACUAUCCUCCUUCCAGAAGUUGGUCUCCAGGUGUCGUGUUUGUUAAAUACGCUUGUUUUGAUGAUUUACUAUCAAUACACUAUUGCAACAGAGAAGUGUUUUUAUCAGAAACUGGUCCUGAAAGCGAAGGUUACAUCAGGACACCGGGUUACCCUAAUUUUUAUGUUGGAGAAGAAUGUCGGUGGAAACUUCGAGUGAAUCUAGAACAGAAGAUAAGGAUUACAUUGCUAGAUGUUAGUUUGAGAAGUAUAGGUCCGUUUGAAGAGGAAUGUAUAGACUUUGUGUCUGUAGUGGAUACAAAUGGCAAUAUUCUUUUCAGUACUUGCGAACAAGUGGAUCUCCCGCGACAAAUAACCACUGCCAUGGAUAGUGUUGAAAUAGUCGUUCAGGCAAAAUCAAAAGGCGCCUAUCCUAAGAGAGGCGUGUUGUUACAUUAUAAAAGUAUAGGUUGCGUGACGCUGCCACCGCCAUCUAACGGUUACUUAGUAUACCGCAAUGCAGAUGUGGCUCACUACAUGUGUAAUGUGAAUUUAGUUUUCGAAGACACGGGACAGAGGGCUCGCGUUAUAUGGUGCUAUGAUGAUAAUAGUUGGAAUGAUACGAUUCCAACAUUUUGUAUUGACGAGGCGACGUUGAGGGUCGCUGGGGAUAAUUCAUCUGGAGGUACUGAUAAAGACACAAAACUGCCGCACAACGAGGCCAACAUGAUAGUAGAUAUUGUGAUUCCGUCGCUACUGAUAGCGGCCUUGUUCAUAGGAAACGCUUUCAUCGUUCUCAUUAUAUACAAGUACAGGAAACGGAAAAAUGAUGAUUUAGAAGACGAGUUCAACACAAUACCACUCAGCGCGAACGGUCUUCAUAAUGCAGGGAAUGCCGUUUAA